AUGGCGCUUCUAAGUUUAUGUGGACCCCCACAUUCCCAGGACUGGCAGAUGCCCAUCAGCGGCGGUAAAAUUACUCCUACCCUUCCCCUCAGUCUGUACAACACUGAGAUGGCGGUUCCUCCCGGAUAUCAGACAGCACAAUUUCUCCGACGUAUGGAGGCCGGAGACAACGGUGUGAAGAUUGAGCCCUGGCACGGGACCACCACAACUCUGUCUUUCAAGUUUCAGCACGGGGUGAUAGUGGCGGUAGAUUCAAGAGCAUCAGCUGGAAAUUAUAUUGCCACUCUGAAGGUCAAUAAAGUGGUUGAGAUUAACCCUUACUUGCUUGGCACCAUGGCUGGCUGUGCAGCAGACUGCCAGUACUGGCAAAGAUGUCUUGCAAAAGAGUGCAGGUUAUACCAGUUACGAAACAACCUAAGGAUAUCAGUCUCUGCUGCCUCCAAACUCCUGUGUAACAUGUUGCUGCAGCACCGAGGGUCAGGCCUGAGUAUGGGCAGCAUGAUCUGUGGCUGGGACAAGAAGGGUCCUGGACUGUUCUAUGUGGAUGAAAAUGGCUUGCGGUUAUCUGGCGAUAGGUUCUCUGUG